CAAAGAUGGCGGCCAUACUUCCUGUUUAGGGUGUUCGCCUUCAACAAAGAUGGUGCUUAUGCUUCAGAUUCCCUAACAGUCUGGAUUCCGGUUGUAGUUUUUUUUUUUUUUUUAAAAGAUACGUGGUUGCAGACGAAAAAAACCCAUUAAAUGUCUCAUACAUGUGUGACCACGACUGCCUUGUGAUGGAGAUUCCGAAUUCUUAAGAGAGAAGGACCGAUCUGUGACUAUCUAUAAGGUUUAUUGCAGAUUGGACACAACCGAUAUUUUUCUGAAAGUGACAAAGAGGCAUUUUCCCACAGUAGAAAAGGAUUUUAGGGAGAAAUGGAGGCCAGAGACAAACAAGUGCUCCGCUCCCUUCGCCUGGAGCUAGGAGCCCAAGUGUUGGUGGAGGGCUUGGUUCUUCAGUACCUUUACCAGGAAGGAAUCUUGACAGAACACCACGUUCAAGAAAUCAAAGCUCAAACCACAGGCCUGCGGAAGACAAUGCUGCUGCUGGAUAUUUUGCCUUCCAGGGGUCCUAAAGCCUUUGAUACCUUUCUAGAUUCUCUACAAGAAUUUCCCUGGGUACGGGAAAAGCUGGAGAAGGCAAGGGAAGAAGCCGUCUCUGAGCUGCCUCAAGGUGACCAGCUGUCCGGGGUCCCCUCACAUAUCCUCAACAGCUGCCCGUCGGACCAGCAGAUCAACCAGCUGGCCCAGAAGCUGGGCGCCGAGUGGGAACCCGUGGUGCUGUCGCUGGGGAUGUCACAGACGGAUAUCUACCGCUGCAAGGCCAACCACCCCCACAACGUCCAGUCACAGGUCGUGGAGGCCUUUGUGCGCUGGCGGCAGCGCUACGGGAAGCAGGCCACCUUCCUGAGCCUGCACAAGGGCCUGCAGGCGGUAGAGGCAGACCCGGGGGUGCUGCGGCACGUGCUGGAGUGAGCUGCCCGUCCCAGAGUGAGCCCCGCACACCUGCUCGCUGGCCCUCAGAGCGGGUGAGCCAGUUUAGUCUUUUCUUUUCAGUGACCCCUAGGUGGAAGGGGAAGACAGAAUUUCUACCUGAUGUUGUGUAGUUAUAGAGACCAGGUUAGCCAGGUGUGCUGGUGCACACCUGUAACCCCCGCUGUCUGGGAGGCUGAAGCAGG